AUGGCGGUGGAGAUCGAUCGAGGCCCUGCCGAGCACCCCUUCCCCUCGUUCCAUCCCCUCCCUCGCGCGAUUCCCCCCCUCCUCACAAAUAGAGGCGCCUCCUCCUCUGCUCUAUCCCUAACCCUAACCCAAGGCGAUGGUGCCGUUGCCCGCGGCUCUCCCUUCACCGACGGCGCCAUCUCUUCCGAGUCCGAGCUGGAGGAGCACAUCUACGUCGGGGAGGCAGCAAGGCCAGCACGCCGUCGGUCCGUCCUUACCUGGUUCCUCACCAAGCGCCACGAAGAGGAAAAGAUAAUGGUGAAGGAGAAGGGGAAUGAGAAGGGAAAGGGUGCUGGUAAGGAUAAUGCGAAAGGGUGCUGCCGAGGGAUGAGAAUGAAGAGGAUGAUGUUGAGAACAUCAAGUUACCCACUGUGGUGAAGGAGAUCAACGAUUGAUAACUAUUCUUCCUACAUGUUUCACUUGUCAUACAAUACCAAAUAUUAUUUAUGUGAAUGUUGCUUAUCUUACUUGUAGACAUUCAUCAUGUGGAUGUUGAUCUUGCUAUUUUGGAGAUGAAUGUCAAAAUGAUCUUUCUCAUGUGAAGGCUACUUUUGCAUUUCUGUUAUGUUGAAACCUUUCAAGUCAUGAACUAUGAAUUGUCACUGCUAGCUUGGAGAUGAA